AUGGAGUUGCAACCUAGAGUGAGCUCAAUCAUUGCCAAAAGGCUAUGGAAGAUUGUGAAAAUCGCUUAUGUAAUGAUCAGGAAAGGGCUGAUGUCCAAGAGAAAUUUUAUCAGUGACAUGAUCAACAGGGCGAGGGACAGGAAGCUCAUGAGAGAAUCACUGAGGAGUCUCAGCUUCAGUCACUACAAGCACCCGAGGAAAAUGCGUCGGGUCGGGCUCAAUGGGUACGAGUACGAGUUCUCCUGCAGCAACAGCCCGAACCCAGUCAUCGUCCACUCAGCCAAGAACAAGAGCCAUCGCUUCCCCUGCAUGAGGCUCCCUCAAGUCAUCGAAGACUUCGUGGAGGACAAGCCCGUGUACCCCGAGAUGCUCGUUUUCAUGGCAACGACUCCUGAAUACACGUUCAACAUCCAGAUUGAGCGGCACAGCCCACUCAAAUCGCCCUACUCGGUGAGGGUCUCUAAUUUCUCAUCAGAUGAUGAGGGUGAUGGGAAAUAUGGGCAAGUGGACCACAAGGCUGACGAAUUCAUCAGCAGGUUUUAUGACCAACUGAGGAAGCAAAUGGUGCACUAA